CAAAAUCUCAACCGUUUUGUUUACUGCUCAAAGCACAAUACAUAUCGUUUACAGUUUAUAUUCAUUUGAAUUCAACCAAGAUCAAUUUAAUUUGAAUAUUUUACAACAAAAUGAGUUUGAUAGAGGAUAUUGAAGAAUAUUUACCAUAUUUACAUGAGGAAAAUCGACUAAAAACUUACAAAACUUGGGUUUUUAGCAAAAAUAAGCCUUGCAAUGUUGAUAAAAUGGCAGAGGCAGGAUUUAUCUUUAUUGGCAACAAGCAAGAACCAGACGCUGUCAAAUGUUUUUUCUGUUGGAAAAAUCUAGACGGCUGGGAAGAAUCAGACAAUCCUUGGAAGGAACACCUAAAGCAUGCACCUGUGUGUUCAUUUGCAAAACUUCAACAAGCACAAACCAAUAUUACAUUAAAACAAUUCAUCGAUCUAAGACACGAGUUGCUGUCCAAAAUCGUAAAGUACUAUAAAGACAUAGAGAUUUCUGAGUUAACUAGCAUUGUAAAGAAAGUUGAAUCACGGUUAAAAAAAUAACUUGUUGACUUUUAUAUCCAGAAAUAUGAAUUAUUUAUAUUUGUAAAGACAUCGUACAGAUUAGAUGUUUCAGUAAAGACAGCUACAAAUGAUGGAUGACAUAACGAAAUAUUGGUGUUUGGCAGUGUUGCCAUAUGUGCUUAUAAUAAAUCGGGAAAGAGCAGAUGUAUAUUAAUCCGUUUAACCAUGUAAAAUAUAUAGCAGUUAUUAGUUAAAUUUAAGAUUAAGUUUUAGGUAGGUAUUUAUUAACGGGAUAAACCCAAUACAUACAAAAUACAAUAAAGCAGAGCUUUUGUCAUAAUAAUGAAAAUAUAAAAUUUAGAUACAUGUAAAACUACAACUAUAAAACACAAACAUAAAAAAUAAAAAAGAAUAUAAAUUAUUUGUACAUGAUGAAAACAACUGAAUUAACUAUAACAGUUAAAUCUAUUUAAUUUUUUAAAUUCAAAAUUCAAGACGCCCGAGUUCUUGUUUAAUAGAGGAAACUGAAGAACCAAACAGAUCUAUUACAUGACUAAACUUGUUUCCAUACAGGGCCAAUCUACUAAUUGGUGCAUAUUGACCAUAAUUUGUAGCAUGUCGUUGUUCCCUGAAUAUUUGUGGAUUUCGUGUCAAUCUAGCAGGUAUAUUAAAGUAUACAAGACUUAUCAAUUCUUCGGAGUUAAUAACACCAGAGAUAAUUUUGCGAAGACAACAAAUAUCCAACAUGACUCUUCUGCGUUCAAGAGUUUGUAAAUUUAAUCUCUUUAAUAUAUUAUCAUAAGUAUAAUUUCUAACUGUUAAACCCAUCUUAAAAGCUGCGAAACGUAAAAAUUUGUUUUGAACCUUUUCAAUAUUUAGGAUUUGAUAUGCAUAACUAGGUGACCAGAUAAUAGAACCAUAUUCAAUAAUUGAUCUCAUGAUACUGCAAUAUAAGAUUUUUAUUGUGUGAAUUGACAAAUCUUUUGAUGAACGCAAUACAAAACCCAACAUCUUAAAUGCUUUCGAAACAGUAUGGUCAAUGUGAGAGUAAAAUGUUAAUUUACAAUCAAAUAUUAUACCCAAAUCCCGAAUUUCGUUCACACGUGUGACAGGAGUAUUAUUAAUAAAAUAUUGAUGGUGAAUAGGCGAAUGGGAUCUAGCAAAAGUUAUUAAAAAGCAUUUAUUAAUAUUAAGUUCCAUAUCAUUUCUACCACACCACUCAUAAAAAUCAUUUACUUGUGACUGAAGCUGAAAAAUGUUAUCCUCAUUAUUGACAGUCUUAUACAUUUUAACAUCAUCAGCAAACAUUAAAAAGUUAACUUCCUUAAAAAUAGAGUGAACAUCAUUCAAGAACAGAUUAAAUAGAAGGGGGCCACAGUGGGAACCUUGCGGUACUCCAGAUGUAGCUGUAAAAGCAUUAGAAAGAAAACAUCCUAUUUUUACACUUAAACUUCGAUUAGUCAGGUAACUUUGCAUCCAAUCAAAGAGACUUCCAGAAACACCGUAUGCUGUAAGUUUUGCAAGUAAGAUAUUAUGAUUGACCUUAUCGAAUGCUUUAGAAAAAUCAGUAUAGAUGGAAUCUACUUGUAAUUUGUUCUCCAAAGCAAUAACAAUGUCAUUCUGAUAAAGAAGUAAAUUAGUUACUGUAGAUUUACCCUGUACAAAACCGUGUUGUUCAUUCACCAGAAUACUGCCGAAUUCACAAGUAAGCUGCUUAGUAACUAAAUAAUCUAAUAAUUUUGGAACUGCUGAUAUAGUACAAACUGCUCUGUAGUUUUCCACAUUUGACUUUGAACCAGAUUUAAAUAUAGGUUUUACGUAACUUCGUUUCCAGCAAUCAGGGAAAACCCCUUCUUGCAAAGAUUUAUUAAAGAGUAUACACAAUGGCUUAGAUAUAGUACAAACACAUUGUUUUAAUAGAUAGUUAGGAAUGCCAUCAGGGCCAAAAUUUAGUUUAGGAGCCAAAUUGUGAAUACUCUCAAAAAUAGUAUUUAUGUUAAAAGAGCAUGAACUCAUGUUACCAGAAUUUUCAAAUUGAUAUUGUGGGGGGGUAGUAUUAUGGUCAGUGAACACUGUAGAAAAAAAUUUGGCAAAUAAAUUCACAGCUUCCUCCCCAGAACUACUUUGAUCAUCUCCUAAAUAUAAAUGGCAAGGUACAUCAUAAUUUUUUUUGCGACUGUUUAUAUAUUUCCAAAAAGUGCCUGGGUCAUUAUUAAUUCUAAAUUCAGAAUCUCUAACAUAUAAAUUAUAACAAUCUUUACUCAGUGUACUACAUUCAGAUCGUAAGUUACGAAAAAUAAUAAAAUCAUCAUAAUUGUUGAACAUCUUUUCCGACAAGAAAAAGUUCAUACCAAUAUAAUCACCGUUUUUAAAAUCAUAAUAUGACUCUGCGUACUUUAAAGGAUCACUGUUAUUUAUUAUAUUAACAUCAAAUGUUACACCAUUGUGGUUAAGGGAGUUAGGAAAAAUUAAAUCAGCAGCAUUUACAACACUCAACUCGUUACAAUUAGAAAAGAUUAAGUCUAAAAUUACAUUUCUACUAUUGGACACAAAAUUAUUUUGAAAAAGGUUGUAAAAACUAUAGCAAUUGACCAUAUGUAAAGCUGGUGAAUUUGGUGGAUAGUUCAAUAAACUAACUCCUAAAUUAUCGUUUGUCCACGUAACAUUCGGAAGAUUAAAGUCACCAGAAAUAAAAACCUUAGAGUAGUUAUUGUUCAUUAAUAUAAAAUCAAGGACAUUACAAUGAUCUUCGUAUAUUUCAUGAUCAGACCGUGGCGGUAUGUACACAGAGCCAAAAAUAACUUUCUCUGUUCCAAUAUUAACUAGUACAAAAAUUUGUUCAACUUUAGUAUGAGGUAUAGAUAGAGCAAAACUGUUAAACUUUUUCUUAACGGCUAUAAGGACACCGCCACCUCUUCCCUUAUCUUUAAAAUGAUCAAAAUUAUCACGAUCUGCUCGAAAGAUAUUAUAAUCAGAAUCCAAGCCCAAUUCUGAAUCAGAAUAGCUAUUUGUCAACCAUGUUUCAACAAGUAUAAUAACAUCAUAACUCGAACAUAAUACACUUAGACUAAAAUCUAUCAACUUCGUACGCAUGCCUCCCACAUUAUGAAAACAAACAGAUAGCUUUGAAUGAUUUAAAUUAGAUUUAUCCCUACAGAUUAGUUUUUUUCUUUAAUAGGUAAAAUUUUAGGAAUUCCAUGUACAUACUUGAUAGUCAGAUUUGUUUCACCAGCACUUUUUUUUAUUUCCAGUUCCUUCCUAAGUUCAUUUAAAUAAUUUCGCUGACUGAUAGUAAGAUCGGAGCUAACUCUAAUAUUUGAAGGUAAUUGACUUCGGUUUUUUAGUACACGAAUAACACUAGCAGAACUGUCCAGAAUUGCUUUAAUUGGUCGAGGCCUAUUUCCUUGCUUUCCAACACGAAACAACUUUUUUAUGGAUACUUCAGUAAAACCUGAAAGUAAUUCUUCAACUGUUUUUAAAUCUUCGGCAGAUUCGUGAACAUUGAACAACAUAAGGUUAUUUUCACGUUUACGACGUUCACUAUAUUCACUUAUAAACGAUUCAUAAUGAUUACCAGUGUCAGUUGAUUUCACAUGAUCAGAAUUUGAAACAGUUAAUUUGGAACUUUGAGUUACUUUAUCAGCUUCGUAAAUCUCCAUUCUUAGUAUCCUUUGCUCUAAAGUUGUGAUUUUGCAAUUAAGGCUUGAUGAGAAAUUUUGGAGUUCUAAUUCCAGAUCAUUAACUUUUUUUAUAAGGGCAGGUAUGUUUAAAGCAUCCCUACAUGAAGGGCAAAAGAAAGGCAUUAUUCUAUUAGACAUAACUACAACUCUUACUUCAGAAGCUGAUAAGCCAGAGCAAGAUUUACAAAUUACUCUUUUGCAUAAAUCACAUGGGCAUCCAAACAUCUCAUUUUUGACUUCUUUAUAAUUACAUGAAGUCUGACACUUAUAACAUAUUCCAGCCAUUUUUAAGUUUUAACAAUUAGAUCCUUUGUUGAAUUCAAAGAACACUCCACCACUGGUCACCAAAACACAUUAACUUUUUAAGUGGAAAAAAGUCUCUUUUUAUCAACAACUAAUUACAUUUUGGUGUUAAAUGCAAUUUUACAACUAAACCAUUAAAUUUAUUAUUGUAACUUUAUAAUUUUCAAUUAGAUAAAUCCUUAAGGAUUAUUUUGAUGCAAAACUUCGGUAUUUUUUCUAAUUUAAAACCACUUAAAAAUUGAUAAAUUCUAAGAGCACAUUUACUGUGUAUCUAAACUGGUAUAACGUUUUUGUUAACGUGAGCUUCGUUGCAAACAACUUUUCAUAAUAACAAUUUUUAAUAUUGUGAAAAAUAAAGCUACUUUACUCUUGAGCGAAAUUCAUAUUUUUGACAUACCUCGUAUAAUAUUCAUAAAAUUUGAUAUCUGAUGAUGGAAUCUUAGGUUUUAGACCAUGAAGAGUUUUUUAUGAAGAAUAACUUUUUUUCGUAAAAUUAAUAAUAAAAAAGUUUUCCAUAUGUUUCCAACUUACAGGGACAUACUGUAUAACCAUGGUAAAAUAAAAAUUUUUAAUGUUUAUGUUGAAAUACUAAAAUUUUAGUACAUAUAGGUAAAUAUGCAUAGAGAUGCAAUGUGGCAACUGGUGCUUUGAGGGUUCUGAUUACCAAAUCUAUCUGCUAAUCUAUCAAAGAGCAAUUGCCAAAAAAAAUGUAUAUUUAAAGAAUAUAACAUAUAUACAUUAUAAGAACAUGGCAGCACUGCCAAACGCGAAUAUUUCGUUUGUGAACAUUCUUUGUGGCUAUCUUCACCAGAGCUUUAUCUGUACAAUGACUUUUUUGUACCAUGGGCCCAUAAUAGCAAAACUUUUGUGUGCAUGGGGUUACUGGAAGCACAAUGCAUAACUUAUUGUGAAUAUUGUGUUUGUUAAACAUACUUUGAAGCAAUCUUUUGGCAGUAAUUCUCAAAAAUCUUUCAAAGAGACUGCUGUGAUGGGUAUUGUUCAAAUUGCUCACUUACCUUUAGAAUUUGUAAAGUUGUAACUAACAUAUUUUCAAUAAUGAUAAUAUUAAACUAUUUUUACUA